AUGGACAGUUCAAGUCAUCAGCCGACAUUUCAGGAAGAAUGGAAAGAAUUUUUUGGACAGCGGGUGAAUUUGAAACGAAUAGAAAAAGGUUGUUUGAGUGGUAAACUUCGCGGUUCGCAUGUUCGAUCUAUCAUUUGGAGGAUUUUACUUCGUUGUUUACCUCUUGAACGAGAAGAAUGGUGCACGAUUCUAUCGCGAACCCGUAAUUCAUAUAAUAAAUUGAAAUGUGAGCUAUUAAUGAAUCCACGCGAGCAAACAUCGGGCUUAGAUCCAAAUGUCAGUAAUCCAUUGUCACUUGGUGAUGAGAAUCCGUGGCAACAAUAUUUCAGUGACUGCAAGUUACGUGAAUUUAUAAAUCGUGAUGUGGAACGAACAUUUCCAGAAUUAGAAUAUUUUAAAAAUGAGAAUGUACGAACCAUUAUGUCGGAUAUUCUGUUUAUAUAUGCGAAACAACAUCCAGACAUUGCAUAUAAGCAGGGUAUGCACGAAAUACUUGCAACGCUGAUUUUUGUCUUGAAUUACGACCAACAAACGUUUGCUCAUCUCAUAGAACAAAAUGGAUUAAGAGAAGUACCACCAGAAGAGCUGAAAAUUUUAUGCGCUGUCAAUAAUCAGGACUUCCUUGAACACGACUCUUUUGAAAUAUUCAAUCAACUAAUGAUGAUGUUGGAGCGAUGGUAUUUGGCUGGCGAUGAGGAAUAUGUCGAGUAUUCCAGUCGUGUUUCGGGAAAUAAUGGGAAGUUAGGCCAUUCCAUGCCAUUUGUUAGUCCAGAUGAUCCUUCUGCUGAUCCGAGAAAUGAAUUAAUUAUUAAGCUUCGAAGUAUUACGAACGAUAUAUUGGCAGUAAUUGAUCCGGCCAUGCAUCAGCAUCUUUCAAAAUUGAAGAUUUUACCACAGAUUUAUGGAAUCCGCUGGUUACGAUUAUUGUUUGGACGCGAAUUUCCAAUUCACGACCUCUUAUUUAUAUGGGAUGCUAUAUUCGCUUUCAGGCCACCAUUAUCUUUGGUUGACUAUAUUUUUGUCGCAAUGCUUGAAUACAUUAGACAUUUAAUUAUCAAUGAAGAUUACAGUACAACACUACAGUAUUUAAUGCGUUACCCACCGGUAGCUGAUGCGCAUUCAUUAAUUCAAUACGCUUUACAUAUCAAAUCACCCAAAAAGUAUGAAGUGCCACAAACUCUUAAUGUUACUAAUUUCGAAAAUAUAACAGUCACUGGAAUGAUACAUCCAAAUCGAACCAAAGAUAUUGUUGGAACGAAAAUUGUUAUAGAAAAACCAAAACAAUUCUCAUCGUCAGGAAUGAUGUUCUGUAACGCUGGUGAAAAUAGGCAUCAACAUGGUGAUACUAAAUCAUUUGUUACUAAAAUUGUCGACACACUGUCGGAUCGAACCAUGGUUGAAAGAGGAUUGGUUCGUCCGCAAAUAAAUUACAAUACAGGUGGACAUACGGGUAUGAAUGCUUCAGACGAGGUAAUCGAGCUUUUGCAAGAGCAGGUGUCAUGUUUGCAAUCAAGAUUGAAUGAUAUGGAUAUGAUGGCUAGUGUAGUAAAACAGAGGAUUGAACUCAUAAUCAAUGAGCAACUACCGAAAAUAGUUGGUAAUGAUGAUUUGAAGAACCAAAUAGGGAAAGAACUAUACAGCAUUCGGUCCCAGAUCGAGAACGCUGCACGGUCAGGUGAUGCUAAUCGCGCAAAUGUAACAGUUCCCGCAAAAUGCACAAGAGAUAUUAAAGGAGUUGCUCGCCAUACUGCUAUGGAAAUUAGUGCUAUCGAAGUUGGCAACGAAGUACAUGCUCCAGCAGUUCGACCCUUACAUAAUAAUACCGGUUCUCCGAUGCUACGGCUUCAAAAUUCUCGAUUGGACACUGAAAUGCGUGAAAUAAGACGUCACUCAAUUGUCCAGUAA